AGAGCAUCUAAGCUUAAGCAGUUAGAAACCAGAGAGGGCAAGCAAUAUGAAAGUGGCCUAGGUUACAGACAUGACAGUUCUGAAGAGCAGACUGAAAUACCACCUCAUACUUGCAGACCAGAUAUACAAAAAGUCUGUGCACCGGCUUAUCAUUCUUCUUCUUCUUAUUAUUAUUAUUAGUAUUAUUAUUAUUAUUUUAUUAUUAUUAUUAUUAUUAUCAUUUAUUAUAUAGACACGAGUGUUUUACUGGAAAAUAUACCACUCGUAAAAUUCAUAAAAACUACAUCCGGAACCCGAGUGGUUUAUUUUCCAUAAUCUCACACGUGAGUUUAUCGAUGACAUAAUUUUGGUAAUUUCCCUCUAUUAUUUUAUCAAUGUCAUUUUGUCUAUAUAAUAAAAAGAACAUUACAUGGCGGCUUGAAGAUAUGAAUUUUAUUUUCUCGUGGCAAAAACAAUAUUUUACUCACUCGCUGCGCUCAUUCGUAAAAUAUUGUUUUGCCACUCGAAAAUAAAAUUCAUAUCUUCGCACCACCGUGUAAUAUCCUCUAUUUAUUUUUAGUGCAUUACAUUUGAAUGCUCUUAAAAUAUUGAAUAAACAUUACAAAAGAAUAAUGCAAGAUCCUUCAAUUUAUUGUUUGGGAGAGCCAAAGCCCUUCUCAGUUUUUUCGCUCCGGAAAGUUUUCUUUCAUCUCUAAAAAAAGAAAUUAAAACUAAAACUUCCAAAAAAUUCAGUAUUCUGCAAACUAACCAUAUUUGUUUUCAAUUCAGUGUUAAAUUGAGAAAUAUUGUAUUUUAUGAAGAAUUUUUAAAACGUUCAAACUGUGCACGGCAUACAGUUAAGUAUUUCAAAGCAACAUAAUGGUAGAUUCAUCUUUAAUUUUAGGUGAAUUGUUUGAAUUAGGUGAAUUGAAUUAGGUGAAUUGUUUACAAAUAACCAAAUACAAAGACCAAAAUUGUUUAACAAUUAAAAUUCACUCAUUAAUUUUGGCAGGUGAUGAUGCUGAAAUUUGCGAGAUUGCUGCAGCAGAAGGAAAGAAUACCUUCCAAGUUUACAUCCUUCCUAGCAACAGCAUAACACCAGCUGCAUCAGCAGUCAACAAGUUGACUGUGAGGAGUGGGGUUCUCCACUAUGAUGGAAAACCAGUUUCCUCAACAUCUUUAGCAGCAGGCCUAUCAGAUCUUCUUCAAUGGCUCGAAGCAAGACAACCGUGUUUGCUCAUGGCACACAAUGCGAAAGCUUUUGAUGCAAAACAUCUGGUGAAGGCAGUGACUUCAAGUGACCUGCUUCCCAAGUCCUCUCAGGUGGUACUUGGUUUUUCAGAUACCCUGCCAGCCUUCAGACAGCUGUUUCCUGAUAGAGCAUCCUGCAGCCAAGAACACCUAGCACAAGACCUCCUUGAGAGAACCUACAAUACCCAUAGUGCAUUAGAUGACGUUCUCAUCCUACAAGGGCUGGCAUCCAAGUAUAUAUAUCACUGA